UUGAGAAGGAGGACCUAAGAAGCGAUACAAAGCCAGGUCAAAAGAAGAAGUUGUUUUAGGCCCGUUGCUGAGAGUUGCCUUCCAGCCGCCUCGUCAUGCAGAGUGUAAACAACCCCUAUCGGCCAGCAGCAUGAUAACACUCCUGGCUGAGGGCUGGACACGAAGGAAGGAGGACAACUAAAGGCCACGAAGGAAGGAGAUUAGGGAGUGACGACCCAAGCAGCGAUACAAGGCGUCAGAGGUGUACGGAAGCAGCACCAGCCCCGCCCCGCAGCCAGUAUGCACGGACGCCUCAAGAUCAAGACCACAGCCGAACAGGCAGAAGAAAAGCGCAAAGAAAGAGCAGAGAAGCAGAAGCUGUACCUUGGUGGGCUGACCAAGGUGGUUGAGAAGCGCGCUUCAGGGACCUAUGAUGAAGAGUGCCUUAAGGCCACUGCCCAGCUACUGGCUGCCAACCCUGAUGCCACUACACUCUGGAACAUCCGCCGUGAAACUCUGUUAGCCAACAAAAGUGAAAAUGAGGAGUCAUGGUCUGAGGUGUUGCAGUCUGAGCUUAAGAUGGUGGAGACCUGUCUUAUGAAAAACCACAAGAGUUAUGGUGCGUGGCAUCAUCGAUGUUGGGUGAUGGAAAACUUCCCCAACCCACCCUGGGCUGCCGAGCUCAAACUGUGUGACAGCUACCUCAAGCUGGAUGAAAGGAAUUUUCACUGCUGGGACUACCGGAGGUUUGUGGUGGCUGGCAGUAAGCAACAGCCGGAGGAUGAACUCAAAGUCUCCCAGCAACUGAUUGAACAUAAUUUGAGCAAUUACUCAGCGUGGCACUAUCGCUCAAAGCUGCUGCCCCUCGUACAUCCCCCUACACCCACCUCACCCCACCCAGUGGCAGAGCAAGCCCUUGUUAAGGAGCUGCAGACAGUGGUGGAGGCAGUGUUUACUGACCCUUCAGACCAGAGUCCAUGGUUUUUCCUGCGAUGGCUGGUAAAUAGACAAGAGAAGGGGCCUAGACUAUUGCAGAUAGGGUACAUACACACCCAUGGUGAUGCCGGGCAUUUGGUGUGUGUGUUCUCCCAGCCCGUGCCACUUACUGCCGUCCCUGAGACAGUGGUAGAGGGAACAAGAGAUGGGUCUAGUCUGUCCUGGUGGGCACCAGACAAAAGUGUGUACUCCUGUGUAUGGGCUGCAGACUUGUCCCUAACCCUGGAUAAAGAGCACAAGAUAAGCUUUAGUCUGGCUGCCCAGCCCACCAGGAGCCUCAUGGUGGGCCAGGGGGCAGCACAGGCCAUGGAGUGGGUGGCAACUUUGGAGGUGUGUGGGGAGGAGCUGUCAGAUACCACUCGCUCCACCUUGGAGGAGGUGAAGACAAAUUGCACCACUUUGGAUGAGCUAGAUCCAGACAACAAAUGGGUAUUGCUGACACUGGUGGAUGUAUUGUGGGCACUGGAUUCCCGAGCCCACCUGGCCACCAUCCUGCACUACCUGGCCCAGCUGCAGACCCUGGACCCCCUCCGCUACAACUAUUAUGCUGACAUGAAGAGCAGACUGGUGAUGGAGACGGCCCUCAGAAAGCAUCGGGUCACUGCAGAGGCUGGAAGUAAAUUUUCUGUAUGUGGGCAAGACCUUACAAGAGUCACCCUCAGCCACCUGCUAGCCACAACAUACUGUGUAGACUUCAGCAACAACAAUCUGUCCUCUAUUUCAUCACUUAACAACCUGGUGGCAUGCAGGGAGCUGAUUCUAGAUCACAAUGAGAUCCAGAACCUGGCCCCCCUCUCUGCCUUAGCUGCCUUAGAAUCUCUGUCGGUAGCCCAUAACAAAAUAUCAGAUGUUGAGCAGCUGGCAUGUCUGCAGCCCCUGCCAAACCUGAGACGCCUCAACCUCAAGAACAAUCCUUUGUGUAGCGUGGAGGACUGUGAAACACAGAUCAAGAAGCUUUUGCCUGGCCUCCAAUCACUUAGUGUGAGGUGAGGACCACAUGAUCCUUAGGUCAAGAAUAGCAGCUUCAUUCCUUCAUUCAUUAAAUACUUGUUACUGAAAAAAAAUCUGUUUUAGCUCAAAUGAAGUUUCUUUUUAUUUUAUUUUCAACGGUAUAAUUUCUAUAAGAUUACCCUUGAUAACUAUGGGACCAGUGUGCCUAAGGGAAAUACGAUGUGCAAAAAUCAAAAACAGUAGCAAUUAAUCUUAUUGCACAUACAUGUACUGCACAGAUAUGUAAGUUUUCUUAUGUCGUUCACUUGGCACAUUCAUGCUUAAUGGAAAUAUAUGCAACACAAAGUAAACAGAAUAAAGCAUUAUAUACUGUGUAGUUUGCAAACCACUAUUGGAGAUGGUUAAGAUAUUGCUUGUAUAUCUUGGAGUAAGAAAACUUUGUUUUGUUUCUGCAGCAAAGCCAGUGGCUCUGCAGGUCUGGGGAGGGUCAACUUCUCUUGCUGGUGAUUUUAAUUCUGAGAAGUUGAACAAUUGGGGAUUGCUGGAAGAUUCCAGUAGUAUUAAGUUGAAUUAUUUUGAUGUUAUAAUAAAGAUUCAAGCUAU